CACAGUCAUUCUCGCAGACAACACUCCGAAGGUCUCCUGGAGCUGAACCACUGACGUUUGGUCACCAGAACCUCAAGCGAUGGUGAUGCCACUUCAGCCACGAUUUUGCCAAUUGUGCAAGAAGGAAGGCGGGAGUUUUGGCUUCUUCCUGAGGAUUGAGAAGGCUGUGAAGGGUCACCUGGUCCGUGCCGUGGUGAAGGAGGGUCCCGCGGACUGCGGGGGUCUGAAGGAUGGGGACCGAGUGCUCAUGGUCAACGGCAUUUUCGUGGACACCGAGGAACAUCAACAGGUGGCGGAACUGAUCAAGAAUUCGGGGACGUCAGUCAGCCUGACGGUUUUGGACGGUGACUCGUACGUUAACGCCAACAAACAAGGCAUUGACCUCCUGCAGCUGAGCUGUGCCGAACCGGGUCCAAACAAGCCUUUGCUGAAUGGGGUCAGUGAGAAUACACCCCGGCCAAAACUCUGCUACUUGAUGAAACAAGACUGUGGCUUUGGAUUCUCACUGAAAACCAUCGAAGGAGUUCCUGGUCUGUUCAUGAUGGAAAUUUCCCCUCUUGGCGCUGCUUCCAUCGCUGGAGUUCAACCCAAUGACCGAAUCAUCGAGCUGAAUGGAGAAAACAUUGAGCACUUCACCCAUCAGCAGAUGGUGUCCAAGAUGAAAUCCUCAGGGAACAACAUCGUGCUGCUGCUGAUUGACGAGGCAUCGGAUAAAUACUUCAAGAGCCGAGCAAUUAAGGUUGUGGCAUCGAUGGCCAGUGUGAAAGAGAUGCCUCACAAGCCACGGAUAGCAGAGUUAACCAAGGAAUCGCAAGGCUACGGGUUCUUUCUGAGGAUGGAACAAGGGCAUCAGGGUCACUUCAUCAGAGCGAUUGAUCCAAACAGCCCAGCUGAAAAGGCGGGUCUGGCUGAUGGGGAUUUACUGGUAGCUGUGAAUGGGACAGCUGUGGAACAUCUUGAUCACGAGCCUGUGGUUGAUCUGAUAAAGAAAUGUGGGAACAAGACCACAUUCCUUGUUGUCAAUGAGGCAACAAAGCAGCUUUACAAACAGGCUGGCAUUUCUCCAAUCUGCUACUGGAAUGAAGUCCACGAGUCGCCCUGUGCAGAGAAAGUUGUGACACCCAGAGAGAGUCUGAGAUCAGAGGACAGUCCUUCACCAAACUCUGGUGCCAAACUCUACCACCUCACCAAAGGCCCAGAAGGCUACGGCUUCACUCUCAAUGCAGUCCGGGGAAUGCAGGGGCAGUUCAUUAGACAGAUUGUUAACGGAAGCCCAGCAAGUGAGGCUGGCCUGGAAGUGAGUGACAUUCUGAUUGAAGUGAAUGGCGUCAAUGUGGAGGUGGACACUCAUGAUGAAUUAGUGAAGAAAAUCAGCAGCAGCGGAGAUAAGCUGAGCUUGCUGGUGGUCGGGAAGGAAGAGUAUGAGGACUUCAAAGCCUCAAAGACCGCUUUGUCUCCACCGAUAAUACCUAAGGCAACACCUGAGGCAAUACCUAAGGCAACACCUGAGGCAAUACCUGAGGCAACACCUGAGGCAACACGCGAGGCCACACCUGAGCCAACAUCUGGGACAACACGUGAGGCAACACCGGAGCCAACACCUAAGGCCAUCAGCACUCCCAAUGACACCCAGGAGGAUAGUAGAGUUGAGAAGACAUUGGAAGAGCCAGAGGCUGAUGAGCUUGCCCAGCGCCCGGGAGACCAGGACAAGUGCUCCUCCUCCUCAUCGGAUGAAGCUACUGCAGAUAAUGAUACACUAAUGUAAAAAGAUCAUGAAGAGAAUAUACACAGACAAGGCACAUGAUCAGCUUUUCAAUAACUGUGACUUGGUCCUGUAUUGCUAAUCAUGGUUCAUUUCUCUUCAUACAAAUUUCCUACAUCUUCCAAGUAAUAAUGCUCAAUGAAAGAAUCGAUAAAAUUGAAGUAUGAAAUCUCGCAUCAUAAGGAAGCCAUUGUGGCUGUGCUGACGAUUCCAAAGAGUGAUCUGAUUAGUCCUGUUCUCUCAACCCUCCAGGCACCCACCACCUUCUAACUUUGUCAUUCUCAUUUUAAAGUGAUGAACUCUAGUAUCUGAGCUUUCUUGACAGUUUGCUUCCACCAAGCUGGGUGGUAAGUUAUCAAACCCAGCCAGAUUCCUGACGAGUUAUGAUCAAACUCCACAUUAUCCUUGAUGAACUAUCAGCAAUUAAAACAACUCUGUGCAUAAUGUUGCACAACCUCCCAAAGAGCAGCACAGGAAUAAUCAUCUGGCACUAGUUUCAUCCAAGAUCACGAGAAAUUGCAGAGAAUUGCAGACGCAGUCCAGACCAUCACACAAACCAACCUCCCUUCCAUAGACUCCAUCUAUACAUCACGCUGCCACCAGCAUAAUCAAGGACGAGACCCACCCCGGUGGGGCUGUAUAAUCAUAUGUAGUAUUUAUGAUAGUAUUUUAUCUGUAAAUAGAAAUGCUAAGUUUUCAAUGAACAAAACCUAUAUCUGUGAUUCAUCUUGAAAAAUAAAAAGGUGCAAUUUAAUUAAAAAUACAGAAUAUUAUUCACUUCAUGUACUCUCGUCUGGUGUUAAAAAAAAAGCACCAUUUAGAUUCAUGUGUGGAUUUUGAAAAACAUUCCAGGGGACAAAUGCAGAAGUUAAAAUAACUGAAAAUACUUGAUUUGGAACAGGAAUUAUUGGAAUUGCAUGCCUGGUUAGUUAGUACCUUCAUAAAAGAUGUUAAUGUUUCCAGAAAUGAAAUUUACAAAACUGAAAGAAACUGGAGGAUCUAAAAGAACAAAGGGGAGAAUAAAGCAAUGGGGAGAGGUAAUGGAUGAAAGAUUAGGUUGUAAACAGCGUAAUGCAAGGGUUAUGGUUGAGGCUAGGCUUUUAGAUAAAGAAAUAGGUUGAGAAACAGGGUUUCAUUUAGGAAUCGGGUUGUGGUUACACUUUAAGUCUGGAUGAAUUUUUUUUCAUCUUUAAGGCUUACAACAACUUUAUGUGAACACUAACUCGCUUCUGGUAGAUGCACGUAUGUAUGUGUGAAUUAAGAAGCAAUCUAAAAAGUAAUUCUCAUGAAAGGUGGGUGUCUCCAGCAAGGGCAGCAUUUAUCGACCAUCCCCAAUUACUUGGAAGGUGGUAGGGAACUGCUAACUUGAACUACUGCAGUCUGUCAGUAGAGCGCCAUUCUGAAACGGUCGGUGACUUACUUCUGAUUACUUUGAAAACUGGAAUGUGAUAGUAUUCCACCUAGCUGUUGUUCUUGUCCAUUCAAAGUUUGGUUUAGGUAGUUGUUCUCAGAGCAACUUAAACAAUGUUUUGUCAAUUCUACACAUGCAGAUACAUCGUUGAAGGGAAUGAAUGUUUAGGGCAGUGGAUGCCAAUCAGGUGGAUUGCUUUGCCCUACACUCAUCCAGACAUGUGGACAGCAUUCUAUCACACUCCUAACUUGUGGCUUGUAGAUGGGGGGAAAAGGUGAUGGCCAGGAGGCAAGUCCUUCACCACAGCAUUCCCAGCCCCUGAAGCCAUGGCAUUUUAAAUAGGGUGGAAAGGUUUGCUAAUUGGGAAUACACUGUGUAAAAAAAA